CAAGGCGAAAGAGGAGGUGAAGAAGAAGGAGGAGGAAAAGGUGGACGAGAAGCAAAAGAAGGAAGAGGAGGGGAAGAAAAAAGAGAAGGGGAAGAACAAAGGAAAGAAGGAGGAGAAGGAGGCGAAAGGGCCAAGUGAGGAGCAGGUGAAAGCACCGAUUGCAGCUCCAGAGCCUGAGCUUAAAACGGAGCCAGACACUGAGCAGGCUCCUGAUCAGCACUCGAUAAGCAGCGGAGAGACACAGCAGGCUCAAGAGGAACACAAGGGCGAAGCUGCGAUAACGAAGGAGCCCGCAGAAGUUGUGGAGGAGGUGAAGAAGGAGGACACGGAGAAAAAAGAGGAAGAACCAGCAGAACAAGAGAAGGAACACAAAGGAGAGGAGAAGGCAAAGGAGGAGACGAAGAAGGAGGCAAAGAAAGAGGCGAAGAAGGAGAAGCCUGUAAAAGAAAAGAAGACUGAAAAGAAGACAGAAGAGGCUAAAGGCUCCAAACGUCAGAAAACCAUGCAAUGCAAAGUCACCUUACUCGACGACACUCAGUUUGAGUGUGAGCUUGACAAACAUGCUAAAGCCCAAGAACUUCUUACAAAGGUGUUUGACCAUGUCAACCUGCUGGAGAGAGAUUACUUUGGCCUCGCUACCUGGGAAAGCCCAACCAACAAGACAUGGUUGGAAUCCACCAAAGAGAUCCGGAAACAGGUGUCAGGUGCUGUGUAUGAGUUUACAUUCAACGUGAAGUUCUACCCUCCUGAUCCAGCACAGCUCACUGAAGACCUCACCAGGUACUUCCUGUGCCUCCAGCUGAGGAAGGACAUUAUGCGUGGUGUUCUUCCCUGUUCCUUUGUCACACUGUCCCUGCUGGGCUCCUACACAGCCCAGUCAGAGCUGGGAGAGUAUGACCCAGAGCUUCAUGGACCAGAUUAUGUUAAGGAUCUGAGCUUGGCCCCGGGACAGAGCAAAGAGCUGGAGGAGAAGGUGAUGGAGCUGCAUCGCACAUACAGGUCAAUGAGUCCAGCCCAGGCCGACAUGUUGUUUCUGGAAAAUGCCAAGAAACUGGCCAUGUAUGGAGUUGACCUGCACCAAGCUAAGGAUCUUGACGGUGUUGACAUCACGCUGGGUGUUUGCUCUAGUGGUCUGAUGGUUUACAAGGACAAGUUGAGGAUCAACCGUUUCCCCUGGCCCAAAGUGCUCAAGAUCUCCUACAAACGCAGCAGCUUCUUUAUCAAAAUCAGGCCAUCAGAGCAAGAGCAGUAUGAAAGCACAAUUGGCUUCAAACUGCCCAACUACAAAGCCUCGAAGAAGCUGUGGAAAGUUUGCGUCGAACACCAUACCUUCUUCAGAGUUCCAACAGUAGAGCCCCCCACAUCACGUCGCUUCCUCGUCUUGGGCUCCAAGUUCCGGUACAGCGGACGUACUCAGGCCCAGACCCGCCAGGCCAGCUCCUUGAUUGACCGCCCGGCCCCUCGCUUCACACGCUCUGCUAGCAAGAGGCUGUCCCGUAACCUAGAUGGAGCUGGAGAUGAAACUCUCCAGUACCCGCAGCAACUCUCAGCAUCAACCAGCUCUGAGGUUGAUGAUUUGUCGCUGCAGCUGACAUCUGACAAACCUCAGCAUUCUCCUGAAUUCCAAGCCAGAGGGGAGUCUGAGCAGACUUUCAUUGAGUCCAGGGAGGAAGGGCAGUCUGUUCACACAGUCACAGUAACCUGGCAGGACACUGAGGCUGGGCAGACUGGCUCUCAAACCACCACCACCCAGACAGUCAGUCAGCCGUGGCAGGAGCUGGCAUCUGAUGUGCAACAGCAGAUGAGAAAUGAGGAUGAGUGGUCCGGUCUGUUCCAUCGUCAAACUCCUUUUCCCUUUGUCCCAUCUUUUGAUUCUGUGAAACAGCCAGCUAAGCUCAGCUUGGCGAAAACAAGCUCUUUGGACCGGCUGUUGUUCCCAGCACUGACACAGCAAGAUGACUGGUACCUUUACUUUGACCGAUUCUUCAGCCUAUCUUCAUUCGAGCGUGUUGACAAACCAUUCCCUCCCCAAACUCAGUUCCAGCUCCAGGAGGAGGAUGAGCAGGGCAUGCGUGUCGCAGAGCAGAACCUGACCAAUGUGGAGGUCAUUGAGAGGCUGCAGGAAACUGUGACCAUGGUAGACAAGCUGAAAGAGGCAGUUGUUUUGGAAAAGAGGCUGAAAGAAGUUAAGGAUUUAGAGGAAAGGCUCCAAGAAGUGGAUGAGAUGGCAGAAAGACUUCAGGAAGUAAUAGAAGUGGAAUUGGGUAAGGAAGAGGUAGAGAAGUUAAAAGAGGAAGAGAGAGAAUUGGAGCAGCAGCAACAAAUACAAGCUGAACGUAUCACAGAAAACGUCUUGAGGAAAUCCGUGAGCACAGUCGAGACAAAAGAGGGUGAAGUAGAUGAAUUGGAAGAGCAGAUAAAGCAGGUGUUUUUGAAGGGCUUGUUGCCAGAGGAGGAAGAGGUCGAGGUGAAGCAGGAGAGUGAAAAAGAAGUGACAGAAGAGAGUCUGUCAGAUGAUGGCUUGGGAGAAAAGCUAGUUCAGAUAGAAAAGGAAUGGAAAGUCGUGGUGAAGCAGGAGAGUGAAAAAGAAGUGAUAGAUGAGAGUCUAUUAGAUGAUAGCUUGGGAGAAAAGCUACGUCAGAUAGAAAAGGAAUGGAAAGUCGUGGUGAAGGAGGAGAGUGAAAAAGACGUGACAGAAGAGAGUCUAUUAGAUGAUAGCAUGAGAGAAAAGCUACGUCAGAUGGAAAAGGAAUGGAAAGUCGUGCUGAAGGAGAAGAGUGAAAAAGAAGUGACAGACGAGAGUCUUUCAGAUGAUAGCAUGAGAGAAAAGCUACGUCAGAUGGAAAAGGAAUGGACAGACAAGGUGACGGAGGAGUUGAAGUCAGGAUCUUCAGAUGUUGCCACUACCACUUCUGUUGUUACAUACCAGAAGGUGGAGCGUAGGACUAAGAAGAGGGUCACUAUUGUAGAAGAGAGAGGGCAGAAACAGGAAGCUGUGGAAGAUGCGCAGGUACAGCGCAGUGUAAUAUCAGAGGAGAGGCUAGAAACAGUGGGGACAUGGCGUAAGACAGAAACACUGGAGGAGAUUACUGAGGGAGAAGUUACAGAGAGGCGUCAGGCUGAGGAUCAAUCUCAGGUGGCAGAUGAGGACAUCUGGUACAUAGUUUUUGACCGCCCUCCGUACAAAGCUGUUUUCACGCCACCAGUUACCAGGGUGGAACGUGCUCAGGUGGAUGAAGGCAAGUAUUUCUCCUCAGAGACUGAGAUUACAACAGUUCAGGAGAAAACUGAGAAUACAGUAGAAGAGACACAAACAAGAGAAGAGGAAGUAUGGCGUAUACCAGAGAUCCCACCACCACAGAUUCUCAUUGAAAGAGAUGAUGACUGGUUUUUGUUAUGGGAUGCUGUUCCCAGAGAAACAUCAUAUGUACCACCAGUUACCUGGAAGGAAGGAGACCAGAUUGAUACAGAAGUAUAUGUCUCUGUGGCUCAAACUGCAACCGAGGAGGAGAUUAGAGAAGCAGUAGCUGAAGAGAGAACGAUAAUAGAAGAGGCGCCAAGAUAUCUACAAGAAAUCCCACAACAGCCAGUGAUAAACAGAGAUGAUGACUGGUUUGUGUUGCUGGAUGUUGUUCCCAGAGAAGCUCCAUAUGUACCUCCAGCAGUUACCCUGAAGGAAAGUGACCAGAUGGAGGCAGAAAGUUUUGUCUCUGUGGCUCAAAUUGCAACCAAGGAAGAGAUUAGAGAGGUAGAAGUUGUAAAGGAGAUACCAAGAUACCUACAAGAAAUCCCACAACAGCCAGUGAUAAACAGAGAUGAUGACUGGUUUGUGUUGCUGGAUGUUAUUCCCAGAAAAACUCCAUACGUACCACCAGUUGCUGCUGCAGAGCGUGUUGAAGUGUCCCCAGAAGAACGUGUCUCUGUAGUUGAAAUUACAACCAUUGAGCAGAGAGAAGAAAGAGUGAAGGUGGUGGUAGACACAAAAAAAGAUCAAGUGCUGGAUGUGAAGCAAGUAGUAGCACUGCCACCGGCUGUGAGAGAGAUAGAAGAUGACUGGUUUGUGCUGCAGGAUGUUCCCACUAGAGAACCAUCAUAUGUGCCACCAGUUACAAAGGCCGAGUAUGUUCAGGUUUAUCCUGAAGAAAGAAUUUCUACUGUGGCUGAAAUGAGAACGGUAGAGUCCAGGAAGGAGGUCGUAGUUGAAGAGAUGGUGGUGCAGACAGAGGAAAGAGCACAGCAGAAAAUAUCCCAGCCAGUCAUCGAAAGAGAUGAUGACUGGUUUCUUUUGCUGGAUGUUGUUCCCAGAGGAACUGCCUACAUACCUCCAGUUCCUCCGGCAAUACCAAGCCAAAUUUAUCCAAGUGUUCAACCUCGAGUUGAAGUGAUAAGCAUAGAGCAGAAGCCGCAGCAGGUUGAUCUUGACCAGAUUAGACUGCAGCCUUCCCAGCCGCUGCCAGAGAGAGAUGAUGACUGGUUUGUGUGGUUUGAUGCCGUUCGUGAAGAGGCAGUCAUAGCACCAUCAGUUACUCCUGUUGAGAUUAUUCCGGAUAAGAGGAAGAUGUUUGAUCUUGAGGUGACAACCACAGAGACCACAACGUGGAAGAAGAUGAUAAUUGGUGUGGACAGCAGGCAAGAUGAGACACGUCUGUCUCAAAUUAGACCUUCACAAGUUGCACCGCCGUCCGAGAGAGAAGGAGGAGAUGAUUGGUUUGUCCUGUUUGACAUCAUCCGUGAAAAGCCUGUUGUCAUACCGCCAGUUGCUGUGGUUAGGCGUAUUGUGGAUGUGAUGCCAGCUACUAAACCAAAACCAGUCAUCAUAGAAGAUAUGAGGCCCUCUGUGAAGUUGGUGGAGAUUAAACCACCGCAGCCGAGACAGGUGGAUGAUGACUGGUUUGUGCUGCUAGAUGUUGCAGCAAAAGUUCCAGUGGCUGUGGAUCAGCGUAUCCGUACAUAUCCUGAAGUAAGACCAGCUAAAGAGUUUGCAGCUGUAGAGCAGAGAGUGCAGAAGAGAGUUACCAUAGUGGAGGAGAGGUGGCAGCAGGAGAAGGUGGUGCAGCAGAAGCCACGUCCAGCAGUGAGAGAGGUGGACGAUGAUUGGUUUAUUCUUCUGGAUGUGGCCGCUAAGAAAUCAGUCGCUGCCCCUCAACACGUCCAGUUCCCAGCAGCAGUGAGAGCUCCAACUGCUGUGGCCAAAACGAGGAUUGCUAUUUCUGAGCAGAGACCAUAUUUUGAGAAACGGAUCCUGGAGGAAAGACGUCCAGUCACACAAACGCAUGGCAAUGCUGAUUGGUUUGUUCUACUAGAUGGUGGCCUCAAGGAGACAGUGGUGAGCACACAGAGGGGCACCCGUCCUGUCAGUGCUCCGGUCUUCUCCCAGGCUGCUCUGGCCGAGGCAGGGAUCCCAAUGGCUCCUCUCGAUCAGCCCCAGACCUCCACUCCAAUCAAGACCAGCCGCCAAGAGGACAGAAAGCUGGAGGUUACCGUAGAAGCGGUGGAGCCUUCCAAAAUCGAGGCUGUGUCUGAGGUCAAGCCAGCAGUGUGGAGGGACCAGAGAGAAGUAGACUCUUCACUGAUAUCCACCAUCAAUGGGGACAUUCAGCACGAGUCUGAGGUGUCGAUCACGGAGGUGGUGCGAAUGCGAAAGAAAAGAGCUAAGAAAAUUGAGGGUGACUCAAUUUAUAUAAGACAUAGCCUUUUAAUGUUGGAGGAUUUCGAAAAGCCUCAGGAGGACCUGCUCAGGCAUCACGCCAACAUCAGUGAGCUGAAGAGGAACUUCAUGGAAGCUACACCGGAGAGCAGGCCCAGUGAGUGGGACAAGCGCCUCUCCACGCACUCUCCGUUCCGCACCCUGGGCAUCAAUGGUCAACCUCUGCCCAGUGCAGAUGGGAGUGUGUGCCUUAGUCUCCUUUGCAGUGGUGCAGAGACAAAGACUGCACACGAGGAAACCAGCAGCAAUUUGGGCUUUUCAGGCGUGCCAAGUCCCACUGUGAGCCACAAGAGUGAGCCUGAUAGUGUUGAAGCCCCCGGUGCUCCACUUGAGGAAGAGUCAUGUGAUCAGGAAGAGGUUGUAGUUUUUGAGACCUCCUUGGUGCCCAUCGUAGAGGUGGAGAUGGCGCAGCUGCCUCCCCCCUUCGACCCCUGCUGUAGAGCUUUAGAUGGGAUCCAGGAGGAAGAAGAAUCAUAUCCAGAUGCGUCAGAGGGCUCUGGAAAGAUAGUUGGAUCUUCCCCAGCUUCUUAUUUCAGGAGCGAUGGUCCACAGGUCGUACGCUGCUUCCAGCCCCCUCUGGUGCAGACUCAGACAAUCACCAUCGCAGCUGUCUCCAACUCCUUACCCAGUGGCAUCACCACCACAGAGGUCCCUAUCGUCCCAACCAAGACCUUCAUCUAUGAGUCUUCAAAGGUGGCAGUUGAUGGGACAGACGAGGACAAAGAUAACACAACUGUGUCCAGCUCCAAGACUGUUAGCUCAGAGACCACCAGUGGCACCACAGUCACCACCACUACCACUCACAUCUCAAAGGUAGUGAAAAGUGGAUCUACGGAGACUCGUGUGGAGAAGAGGAUUGUCAUAACUGCGGACUCUGACAUCGACCAAGACAAGGGGAAAGACGGCGGAGCAUCAGCAUUGUAACUGAAUCACCACCUGCAUUUAUUCCUUUGACUCUCCACCUCAGACACACUCUGACCAGCUCUAUCUGCGCACACAUAUCCAAAAGGAAAUAUUUCAUAAAUCUGCACCUAACUAACUGAGUAGAUAAAUCUUAGUAGAUCAUCUUUGUUUAUUUUUGUUUUUCAGUUGUAGGUAGAGGAGGGCUGCACAAAUACUCAUCCAGGUGUUAAGAAAAGCUUAGUGAAAAGACUUUUAUUGGUAAAGAAAAAUCAACCAAAAAAACAGCAUUUUCAGUUGAGUGAUUUCAGUUAUGUUUGCUUUUAAAUGCUUUUAUUUUCCUAGUGGUUUUUACAUUGUUGAUUUUAUACAAAUGCACUGUUUCCAUUGUAGUUUAGACACCAUCAUCAGCAUUUAUUCCCUUGGUGCUGCUCGGGGAACGUUAAGACUACAUUCAAGGGAAUUUUUUUUGUUGUUGUUUACUUGUCUAUUUAAUUCAGGAGAGACGUCUUUUUUAAAAAUCACAUACCUCACAUCGAUAUGUGAACAAAGAUAUUCUGUGCUCAAAUUUGGACAGUUGUUUGGCUUAGUUCACUGCUCAGGUACAAAAAGAAAAACCUAAAAAAUCGUUUCUUCCCUAACCAGCCAGGAACCAGUAGCCUACACAUUGUUGUAAAGUUUGAAUUAAAUAUGGAUCUAUUUUGAAACAUUUCUCUAUUUUAUAGAAUUGAUGCUUUUAUAGUAUUUGUACAAAAUUUGAGGUUUUUAAGUUAUUCAUCCAUCUGCUCAUUAUAAAUUGUAGGUUACCAUUGUGCUGUUUACAGAACUUUGAGGUCUCUACUUAAGCUUACCUGUCUUGCCUGACACCCUGAAUCAUUCUUAUUCGUUUCCUCUUGUAGUCCACCAAGUUUAUGACACCUUUCACGAUUUCAAUGGAGUGCUUCCCUCAGCCCUGUUUUUGUUCAGUAGCAUAGAUGUCAUUAAUGCUUUGAAUAUAUUUGGUUGACAAGAAAAGUUUCACACGCUUCGGUCUGUUUAUCUCAGGUUUUGAUAUUCUUUGUAAGACUACAGACCUCCAUAUGAUUGUACGAGGAAUGUCCAUAUAUAUGUAUAUCCAUCCCUACUUUAAAUGUACAUUUAUGUUCAGCCAAGUGAGGUCAAUAAAUGCAAAGCUUGUCUGUCACAGUAACCACACAUGUAAGAGGUGAAGGCAGCUGUCCCAGUAUAUGUGGCUUUUCUCUGAUAGGAGCACAAGUUGUCUUUUUUACAUGUUCUACUAUACAGUAAUUUAUUUGUAAAGUAGGAACCGUCUCGUGUGAUUUGAUGUACUGUGAUGUUUCAACACAAGCUGGUUUCCAGGCUUCCAACUAGAGAUGUCACAAUGUGAAAUAAUUGCAUUAAUUAUCAACCAAGUUUGUAAAGCCUUUUUACCACAUAGUCGAAGUAGAUUGCUCUCACUUGCUGUUUCCUGUGCUUUUUUCCAUAGAAGAGAAAAUGCUUAAAAUAUAUACAAAUCCCUUUUUAGAUAGCAUGUUUGUUAGCAAACUUUUUUAACCCAAAAAAAGCCAUUGGUAUUGUAGCUACAUGGACAACAACAGAAACCUCUCCUGGAAGAAAAAUGUAGAAUUUCACAUGAAGAAAAUAGUUUUUAGAAAAUGGAAAAUAUUGUUGCUUUGUGACUUAUCCCUGUCUUUUUAUGAAAAAAAUAAAAUAUGCAUUAUUUUGCAUUCUA